UCUUGUUUCGCCGCUCGUUCGCGCUCCGUGACAUCCCCGCCCCCUUCCUCCUUCGUCCUCGCUCCCGGUUUGCCGCUUCUCCUCGCUGCCGGAGCCCCAAGCGCCACGGAAGCCACGGAACAGACCGUUACCAUAAUGUCCACGGAUGGGGGCUUUGCAGGAGGCAACAGCGAUGCCCAGCAGUGCCUUCAGUCUUUCUGGCCUCGGGUCAUGGAGGAGAUUCGGAACUUAACAGUGAAAGACUUCAGAGUCCAAGAGCUUCCUUUGGCACGCAUUAAGAAGAUCAUGAAACUAGAUGAGGAUGUGAAGAUGAUUAGUGCUGAAGCACCUGUUCUGUUUGCCAAGGCUGCUCAGAUAUUCAUCACAGAACUGACAUUACGGGCCUGGAUUCAUACAGAGGACAACAAGCGCAGGACCUUACAGAGAAAUGACAUUGCCAUGGCUAUCACCAAGUUUGACCAGUUUGACUUCCUCAUUGACAUCGUUCCAAGGGAUGAGCUUAAGCCUCCCAAACGCCAGGAGGAAGUGCGCCAGGCAGUGACCCCAGCAGAGCCUGUCCAGUACUACUUCACCCUUGCUCAGCAACCUGCAGCGGUCCAGGUGCAAGGGCAGCAACAAGGACAGCAGACGACCACUUCCACAACAACCAUCCAGCCAGGGCAGAUCAUCAUAGCACAGCCUCAGCAAGGGCAGACUACUCCUGUGACUAUGCAAGUGGGUGAAGGGCAGCAGGUCCAGAUUGUCCAGGCGCAGCCGCAAGGGCAGGCACAGCCAGCACAAAGCGGGACUGGGCAGACCAUGCAAGUCAUGCAGCAGAUCAUCACCAACACAGGCGAAAUCCAGCAAAUACCGGUUCAGCUCAACGCCGGCCAACUGCAGUACAUCCGCCUAGCCCAGCCCGUUUCUGGCACCCAGGUAGUCCAGGGCCAGAUCCAGACACUUGCAGCAAACACACAGCAGAUUGCACAGACAGAAGUUCAACAAGGACAGCAGCAGUUCAGCCAGUUUACAGAUGGACAGCAACUGUACCAGAUCCAGCAAGUGACCAUGCCUGCCGGUCAGGACAUCACACAGCCCAUGUUCAUCCAAUCCACCAAUCAGACGACAGAUGGACAGGCCCCACAGGUUACAGGAGACUGAACUGAUCCAGGCAGGAGCCCCACUAACUGGAUUGAUGCGCCACCAACCAAUUGGGGUUCUCUUUAACUCUUCUCUUCCCCUUCAUCCCUUCCCCAUCUUCAUUUGAAACACAGCUGCCAAGGGCUGCGCUCUUUGUUGUAUUAUAUGAACUUCUUCAGUCUCUUGGGCAAAAAAAAAAGGAUACCCCAUGAACUGACAACAACGCAGUAUACCUUUUUUAUUAUUAUUAUUAUGUGUGGGUUGUUUUUUUUAAAGGAAAUUGUAAAUCGUAUAUUGCUCUACAAUGCCUCUCUGAAUAAAUUGAUGGUUUUUGUAGGGCUGUUGCCGAGGGAUAUGACUGCGCUUCGUUUUGUAGUUUCUUCAGUGGUCCAGCGUCUUUUCUGUCUCUUUGUCCGCCUCCCUUUUCAAUGCAUCGCAGCUGCCAGGAUUUUCAUCCUGUGUCGUUCCUGCUUUAGUAUUAGGUGGACAUGUCUCUUUUGUUUAUUUCAGUCAAAAAAGGGUAUGAGUGUGUGUGUGUGUGUGUGUGUGUGGAGGGAAGAGAUGGUUGAAGAGCCUAAAAAUUGUCCCAGACUGAAACAUUGGUAUCGGUAGCUUCAAAGAAAAAUAAUAGAAGGCAGAACAGCCAGCUGGUCAUGUAUUAAACCUAUUUUCUGAAGGCUUAUAUUUGGGCCUUAAUCUAUUUUGGAACUACUUAGAAGAGUUCUGGACAUGCAAAUGUAAGUUUUUAGUUCAUGGUGUAAAGUUUGUUCAUUGUCGUUUUUGGGUGUUUUUUUUUAAAGCAAUUUGUAUAAAUUUUAAUCAAUGCCUGUGUUCAAAAGCUGCAUGAAAUGCAAUAAACUGUUUUUUGUUUCCUA